AUGUCGACAGGAAAGACAGAAACGACGCAGCCUCCCGUUGAGUAUCGCCGACUCGGUAACUCGGGUCUACGCGUCUCCGUACCCAUCCUGGGUGCUAUGUCUUUUGGCUCCUCGAAGUGGCUUCCAUGGGUAAUCAACGAAGACGAAGCGCUCCCUUUACUCAAGGCUGCUUGGGAUCGUGGAGUCACUACUAUCGACACGGCUAACGUCUACUCUAACGGUUACUCUGAACGCAUUAUUGGGAAAUUCCUCAAGCAGUAUCAGAUCCCGAGACAUAGAGUGUUGAUUUUCACCAAGUGUUAUAGUCUGGUGCAUGAAGAUCCGGGGACUAGGACGAUUUUGUAUCCGGAGUUGAAGAAUACGAGGGAUUAUGUGAAUCAGAGUGGACUCAGCCGUGCGGCGAUAUUUAAUCAGGUGGAAGAUUCGCUUGAGAGGCUCGGAACAAGUUAUAUCGACUUGCUUCAGAUUCAUCGUUAUGAUCCGAAUACACCACCGGAAGAGACGAUGAAAGCGCUUCAUGACCUUGUCCAAUCGGGAAAAGUUCGGUACAUUGGCGCAAGCUCGAUGCGUGCAUGGCAGUUCUCAGAGCUUAACCACGUUGCGGAGAAGAACGGAUGGACAAAGUUUAUUAGUAUGCAAAACGAGUAUUCGUUGCUUUACCGUGAGGAGGAGCGCGAGAUGAUACCAUACUGCAAAGCCCACGGGAUCGGACUCAUCCCUUGGGGUCCUCUCCAAGCAGGCUCCCUUGCAGCACCGAUCAGUACUUCCACGACCCGGAGAGAAUCCAGAGAUACGAAGUACUCGGAAGCAGACAAGGCAAUCAUAGAGCGCGUAGAAGAAGUGGCAAAUAAGAGAGGCUGGACGAUGGCGCAGACUGCGCUGGCGUGGAUUAACAGCAAGGUAUCUAGUCCUAUAGUGGGGAUUAGUUCUCCUGAGCGGUUAGAGGCGUCUAUUAUAACAGGAAAAGAGCUUACUGAGGAUGAGAUCAAGUACCUCGAGGAACCGUGCGUGUCAUUUAUACCAUAA